AUGGGUCGGAAUCAGAGGGAGAGGGAGAAGGAGGACGGAGAGAGGCAUGUGGGGCUGCUCAGAUUGGCCCAAAUCCUAACAUAUCUGGUCGUGUUUGCCGGUGGAGUCGUCAUCGGUCUCACCACCAGCUCUCACAUUACCAACACCAAUUUCAUAUCCCAACCCAUCCCCCUCCACCACCCUCAACUCAGUCACAAUUUUCUCCCAAUUCCAAACUGUACCGCCACCGCACACUCUCCUCCUCCUCCUCCUCCUCCUCCUCUUCCUCCUCUGGACAUGGAGGAGUUCCUUCAUCCGCCCAAUCUCACCCACACGCUCUCCGACGAGGAGCUUUUCUGGAGGGCUUCCUUGAUGCCGAAGAAAGAAGGGUACCCUUUCAGGAGAAUACCCAAGGUGGCCUUCAUGUUUAUCACCAGGGGUCCCCUUCCCAUGUUGCCCCUCUGGGAGAGAUUCUUCGACGGCCACACCCCUCUCUUCAACAUCUACAUCCAUGCCCCUCCCCGAUUCCAUCUCAACGUUUCCCAAUCUUCACCUUUCUACGCCCGUCACAUCCCCAGUCAGGAUGUUUCAUGGGGAACAGUUACACUGGCAGAUGCUGAGAGACGGCUUUUAGCGAAUGCUCUGCUGGACUUUUCAAACGAGAGAUUUGUUCUGCUUUCGGAAAGUUGCAUCCCAGUGUACAACUUCCCUACUGUUUACAGAUAUCUCACUGACUCUGUCCACAGCUUUGUUGAAUCAUACGAUGACCCAACCCGUUAUGGCCGCGGUCGCUACAAUCGCAAUAUGCUUCCUCUUAUUCAACUUAGACACUGGAGAAAAGGGUCUCAGUGGUUUGAACUCAAUCGUGCGUUGGCUGUGUAUGUAGUCUCUGACACCAAAUACUAUUCCCUCUUCCGAAAAUACUGUAAGCCUGCUUGCUACCCAGAUGAGCAUUACAUUCCAACCUUCUUGAACAUGUUUCAUGGUUCUCUUAAUUCAAACAGAACAGUCACAUGGGUGGACUGGUCUAUGCUGGGUCCUCACCCAGCAAGCUAUGGGAGAGACAAUAUCACUGUGGAUUUUAUACAGUCUAUAAGGAACAAAGGAUCCCUUUGUCGAUAUAAUUCAGAGAUGACUUCCAUUUGUUACCUCUUUGCUCGCAAGUUUGAUCCCAGUGCCCUCGAGCCCUUGCUUAACAUUUCUUCCCAAGUUAUGAACUUUUGA